AUGGCUCUAAAGCAAAAUGGCGGAGCUCAUUUGAGCAGCGACAUCAAUUUUAUCCAGACUCCCAGAGCGCCCGCUGAUACCCUCUCAACGGGUAGAAACCCAGGUUACCCCUCCAUAAAAAACGCUCCUCUCCCUGCUGAUGGUCCCGGAUACGAACAAUGGUCCAAUAUCUUCCUCGCCACUGCUCUCGUUGGCAUUCCCCAAUGGCUGUCAUGGAAACUGGGCGGCGGCUUCAAAACGGCUCUUUUCCUCUCAAUAUUCACAACUAUUCCCAUUUUAGUUGUGAUCUGGAAAUUUAUGUCUAGCUACAGUCCCCGUAUCAAUCAUGAAGUCACAUUACCCGGCCGCCCUGUGGAAUUCUACCUUACCUUCAAGAGCGAUUCACAUCGCGCGCGAUGGACAGGGAGGCAUAAGAUACCAAUGGCAACAUUUUUCGAAUUAUAUUUCACAGGCCAAGUAGAUCUCAAUGGUGAUGCGCUGGAGGUGUUUGAGUAUCGACAUGAUUGGGCAACAUUCAAUUUUACUAGCGAAACAUUUCGGUACAUCUUGUUUACUUUCUUCCCCGACGUUGUCCUUCACCUUCGCUCACAGGACGAAGAGCAGGUGCGUACAAAUUAUGAUAGCGGAAAUGACCACUACGCUUGGUUUCUGGGCCCUCGUAUGAUCUAUACUUCUGGUAUCAUCUCAGACCCUACUCGGGAGGAAACUUUGGAGGAGAUGCAAGAUAAUAAGCUUGCUAUAGUGUGCGAAAAGAUCGACCUGAAAGAAGGGGAUACACUUCUCGAUAUCGGUUGCGGCUGGGGUACCUUGGCCAAAUUUGCCAGCCUAAACUACGGUGCCAAUGUCACAGGCGUGACCCUCGCUCGCAAUCAAGUGGAUUGGGGAAACGACGGGCUUCGAAAAGCCGGUGUGCCGGAUGAGCAGAGCAAGCUUCUAUGCUGUGACUAUCGUGACAUUCCCGAAGAGCAGAAAUUCAACAAGAUCACACAGUUAGAGAUGGCUGAGCAUGUGGGCGUUCAACGCCUGACAGGCUUCUUUCGACAAUGCUACGAGAUGCUUGAGAACGAUGGAGUUAUGUAUGUUCAGGUGUCUGGUUUGCGAAAGGCGUGGCAGUAUGAAGACUUUAUUUGGGGGCUGUUUCUCAACCAGUAUAUCUUCCCGGGAGCUGAUGCAUCUACGCCAUUGUCAUAUUAUGUGGGAUGCCUUGAGAGCGCUGGUUUUGAGGUCAAAAGUGUCGAUACUGUUGGCGUUCACUAUUCUGGCACACUUUGGCGAUGGUACAGAAACUGGCUGGGUAACGCCGACAAGGUGGAGGCCAAGUAUGGAAAGCGCUGGUUCCGCAUCUGGGAAAUAUUUCUGGCUUAUUCCACCAUUGCUGCCCGUCAAGGCUCGGCUACAUGCUUUCAGAUUGUUGUGGUGAAGAAUCUCAACUCGACUCAUCGCAUUAAUGGUGUUUGCUCUCAAUAUGGACUUCAUGGUGCUCUUGAGGCAGCACGGGCUGCUGGAAAGGCUAGCCUACACAAGUCAUGA